AUGCUGGUCAGGGGGCUCCCCCCGCGCUCUGUCCUGGUCAAAAGCUGCCAGCCGCUCCUGAUCGCCUGGCGGGAGGGCCCGGGACACCCCAGGGUGCCUGCUCGAGAAGGAGCCAGCAUCUCUACCCACAGCCCUCGCCCCUUCGGGGAGAUCCCCUCCCCUGGUGACAACGGCUGGCUGAAUCUGUACCAUUUUUGGAGGGAAAAAGGCAUGCACAGACUGCACUAUCGCAACGUCCAGAAUUUCCAGAAGUAUGGUCCCAUUUACAGGGAGAAGCUCGGCACCAUGGAGUCGGUGUUUAUCAUCAACCCCGAGGAUGUGGCCAUUCUCUUUAAUUCCGAGGGUCCCAACCCGGAACGCUUUCUCGUCCCGCCCUGGGUUGCCUAUCACCAGCAUUACAAGAGACCCAUCGGGGUCCUGUUCAAGAAGUCAAGAGACUGGAAGAAAGACCGGGUGGCCCUCAACCAGGAGGUGAUGGCUCUGGAGGCCAUCCAGAACUUCGUGCCUCUGCUGGACGCAGUGGCUCGGGACUUCGUCAGUGUCCUGCACAGGCGCAUCAAGCAGCAGGGCUCCGGGAAGUUCACAGGGGACAUCAGUGAUGACUUGUUCCGCUUCGCCUUUGAGUCCAUCUCCAAUGUUGUAUUUGGGGAGCGCCUGGGGAUGCUGGAGGAGAUGGUGGACCCUGAGGCCCAGCAAUUCAUCGACGCCGUAUACAAGAUGUUCCACACCAGUGUGCCCAUGCUCAGCUUUCCCCCAGACCUGUUCCGCCUGCUCAGGACCAAGACCUGGAGGGACCACGCGGCUGCGUGGGACAUUAUUUUCAAUAAAGCUGAAAAAUACACCCAGAAAUUCUACUGGGAUUUGAGACAGCGAAGAGACUUCGGCAACAAUUACCCUGGUGUACUCUACCGCCUCCUGGGAAAUAACAAGCUUCCCUUUGAGGACAUCAAGGCCAACAUCACGGAGAUGCUGGCGGGAGGUGUGGACACGACGUCCAUGACGCUGCAGUGGAACCUGUACGAGAUGUCACGGAACCUGAGGGUGCAGGAGAUGCUGCGGGCAGAGGUGCAGGCUGCCCGGCGCCAGGCUGGGGAAGACAUGAGCACGAUGCUGAAGUUGGUCCCACUCCUCAAAGCCAGCAUCAAGGAGACUCUGAGACUCCACCCCAUCUCCGUGACCCUGCAGAGAUAUGUUGUGAAUGACCUGGUUCUUCAAGAUUACAAGAUUCCUGCCAAGACCUUGGUGCAGGUGGCCACCUAUGCCAUGGGCCGAGACCCCACCUUCUUCAACAACCCGGAGAGUUUUGAUCCAAGCCGAUGGCUGGACAGAAACAAGGACGCCAUUCACUUCCGGAACCUGGGCUUCGGCUGGGGUGUGCGGCAGUGUGUGGGCCGCCGCGUUGCCGAGCUCGAGAUGACCAUCCUCCUCAUCCAUAUGCUGGAGAACUUCAGAAUUGAAAUCCAACAUCUCCGUGAUGUGGGCACCACCUUCAACCUCAUCCUGAUGCCAGAUAAGCCCAUCUUCUUCACCUUCCGAUCCCUCAACCAGGACCCCCCCAGAGCGUGACCAGAGCGGGUGGGCACGGCUCUCCUGCAGGUACAGGGCCUCCAGCGGCGGUGCGGAGGAAGGCCCAGUGGCGUGGGGGCCGCGGGGGUCUCUGCAUCUUCAGUCCUCUGCUCCCCAGCCCUGCCCCUUCCCGUCCAGCUCUGACCAGGAGGAAGCAGCCAAGCAGGUAGAUUUGGCUCUCAGGGCUCGACUUCCUCAGCUCAGCCGAGAUACUCCGCUUUCACCCAACUUCUUCUCCCUGCUUGC